AUGGGACCUUCCCCUGCCGCACUAGAGCCCGCCCGGCGCAGCAUCCUCGACCGCCCGAUCCUCAUCGCGAUACCCAUCCUCAUCGGCCUGUUCGCCACGCGCUCGCCCUUCUUCAUGUCUGCCGCCCCGGCCUUCGAUCCGGCCGCCCCCGAGGCCGCCGCCGUGCCCUGGGCCGACGCGCCCAUCCCGCUGGUCACGACGCCGCAGUACGAGACGAACAAGACCGACAUCUUUACCACGGGCGCCACGCACAUGGCGCUCCUGCAUAACGUGAUCCUGCGUGGCUACAACUCGAUCUGGCAACAGGCGCCGCACGUGCGGCCGGCUGACGUGCCCGACUUCGUCGGCUACUGCCGCGUGUGGCACCAGUUCGUGGUGCACCACCAUGACGACGAGGAGGGCGCGCUGUUCCCCAAGAUCGCCGCCCUGCUGCUCGAAGACGACGAGAACGUCGACGUCGACGACGCCGCUGCCGCUGCCGCUGCCAAGGAUAGCGAUAAGGACAAGGAUAAGAUCGCCGCCAACGACGAGGCGAUCUGGGGCGCGACGCACCGCGAGCACGCGGCGUUCCUGGGGGGCCUCGCGGCAUUCAGCGCGUACCUAGACGAGGUCGCGUCGGGGGCGCGGCCGUUCUCGGGGGCGGGGCUGCGGGGCGUGAUGUCGGGGUUCGAGGAGGCGUUCGCGGCGCACUUCCACAGCGAAGUGCGGACGAUCGCGGGGCUGGCGGGGCACGCGAGGGCGCCGCGGGCGGGGAGCGCGCGGGAGGCGGCGGCGGCAGCGACGUUCCGCGACUGGGGCCGCGCGACGGUGAUGCGCGCCGGCGCGCUCGACGGCGUCCCCUUCUUCCUCCUCAACCUCGACGCCACCGCCGAGGGCGGCCGCUGGGCCCGCUGGCCCCCCAUGCCGCCCCCCGUACGCUGGGGCCUCGAGAACAUCGCCGGCGCCUGGCACGCGCGCCGCUGGCGCUUCGCCUCCUGCCUUGCUGGUCGCCCCCGCCGCCUCUACGCCCUCGGCCCCGAGAGCGCGUGA